ACUUCGUUGUUGGUGAUAACGCUGUUAGAAAUCUGCUGAAGGGUUCUUUUUAAAAAAUUAUAAAAGAUCAGUAGCAAAUACUAACUACAGGUUUUUAAAUACAUUUGAAUGGCAAUGGAAACGAAUCCUGAUGAAUUGAAACCUUUGCCAGCUUCAGCUGAAGAUUUUAUGGAGGAAAUGAGAUUAUUUGAAAACCUUCAUCGGGACUCCGACCCACCUCCCAGAGCAAAGCUUUACCACUGUUUACUCUCGAGUGCAAAGAUAAAACGUCCAUGUAAUUCUGCCAUGAUUUUGUUGGUAGGAAGUAGUGGGGUUGGGAAGUCGUCUACAAUAAACCAUUUACUUGAUACAGGAGAAGGAACUCCUGUUGCGGUCACCAGUAGUUCCAAGUCCGAAACUAAAACCACCAGAGAAUACAUUCUUACCACUGACAACCAAGAUUACGCAGUUUGUGAUUUAAAAAUGGGUAUUAUAGAUACACCAGGAUUUAAUGAUGAUGAUGCUGGUGUGAAGCAAGAUGCUUGUAAUUUCGUUUCCAUUAAAAGAUUUUUUGAAACACAUCCAGGCUUACCAAAUCAGCUUACUUAUCCAAAUCUUGUAUUUUUGGUGGUUAACGUCCUUACUACCCGGAUCGAGCGUGAGAAGAGCAGUUUUUCCAAAUGCCUUAGGGGGAUUAAAUUGCUCAAAGUGGUUGACACAAGUCAUCCAAAUCUUGUUGUGAUUGCAACAUUUUGCUGCUCUUUUGGUCACCGGAAUGUGAAAAAAUGGGAAAAAAAGAUACAAGAAAAGAAAGAUGCAAUUUCAGCUACCGUGUUUAACGUGCUUGGCGUCUCUGCACCUGUGGUAUUGAUAGAAAAUGACUUCGAUGACCAUGAACUUGAGAAAGCAGGUGAUUUUACAAUUCUACCGAAUAGCGAGAGACAGCCUAAGAACUUAUACGACGCCUGUGCGGAGCUUCUUGAUCGAAAUAAAGAUCGCUUUGGCCUAUUAGCGUUUAAUUCUUGUUUCACAAGAGCUAAAAAGGACCCAACAGAAGAAGGUCAUAAAGUUGAGGCGAAGGAUUCUCAAAGUGAAGAAUUGUCUGAUGAAGAGGAAGAAUUUUCAAAUGCUUUUAGCGAUGAUGCAAAAGGAGGUUUGAAUCGAGUCGGCAUGUUUGUGAACGACUAUGUGAAAGAAAACAAACUCGACAAAACACAACAAGAGAAAGUUUUAAAACUUGGUAUCUGGAUGAACUCUAUGGGUUUGUCAAAGGAAGGAAGAUUACAGUCUGUAUCACUGGCAGCAAUAAAUUGUCUUUAUGACGGAGAGAUUACCGAUCAUUGUUUUAAAAUGCUUCAACAGAAAUUUGGAAUUAAAAAUGAAAGUGAUUCAUCUUUUUCAGCUGACGUGGUUGGCCGAGGAUAUAAUAUCUUAUUGGACAAAAGUGUCACCACUGAUAUUUUUAAGUUAUCAGCUGUAAAUGAAACAAAGUAUGGUUUUAAUAUCCCUACUUGCGCUGAAAUCGUCAAAGUCAACGAGACUCGGGAAUUUCAAAUGAACUUUCAGUCCGAUGAAUUGCAUGUAAAGCAUAGAUUGAAAUGUCUCGGCGUAAGCCUUGAUUUUGCACAGAACAUAUUGAGAAUGGCGCCUAAGUUCGAAGCAAGUGCAAAUCAGAAGGAAAAUGGUAGUAGCAAGUCUACGAAGACCACCACGAUUUCAUUGCAAGAAUAUCGAAUUGCUAAGAUUAUUAUUGGAAAUUUCGAGUCCCAGAAGAUCUCCACCACAGAUGAUUUUGUGUCUGCUGUUGAAAAAUUACCUGACCAAUACACAGGCGACGAAAAAUGCAAGCACGAUUUUAUGAAUUUUUUUAAUCGUUUCGGUCAUUUCGUGGUCACUUCAGCUUAUGUUGGAGGAGCAGUUGAGGUAAAAACCUUCACUGAAGGUUUGGAAGCAUCAAAACAAGAUGAUAACUCAGUAGAUGGAUCAGUUGGUGCGGAUCUAAGUGGAGUUAUCGGGACUAAAGUGGGUCCCAAGUACCAAGUAUCGACAGAGAUGGCAAAGAAGACUGUCUUGGAUAAAACAGAAACACGGUGGAAUGGAGGGCGAAGUGCCUUGCAUACAAAGAGCACACUAUUCUCUGAAGAGAAAUUCCUGGAGUGGAAGUUGUCCCUGCCCAAAGAGCCAGCGAUGUUGACUACUGAAAUGAAUCUAGAGAAUAUUUCUAAUGUAGUCGCCACUAUUGAUAAGAAGAAAGGGGAAGUUUGCCAUCAAGCAUUGCGUGGUCUUUUUGAUGAUAAAGAUCUGCAACCGGUUCAUGAUGAAAAAGAGAAAUGUCAAUUGGAAGAAAAAAAGAAUGAGGAGAAAGACAUGGAAGAGCAACGUAGAGAAGUAUCAAACACGAGAGAAGAAUCAAUAAAGGAGCCUGAUACUGAGGGAUGGAAAGAAAACGUCACAGGAAAUCGUUACUUAUUUGGUGGAGGAGUUAUUGUGGUACUGGCUUUGGCUGUUAUACGUUUUUUAUUUAAUCGCUAAAGGAUCGUGGAUAUAUUACAUCGUGUUCAAAUACGUUGUUGUGUGCCUGAAAUUUAAAGAGUGUUGGUUCUAUUAAUUAAUACUCGACUUGGUAGUUAUAAGUCCCGUAAAUCAUAUAAAAAAAGGACAUGUACUAUUGUUAAUCACUAUUCACUAAACCUUGAUUGUCGUCGUGUCCUUAUCACUUACAGCUACGCUUAAAGUUCGUGCUAAUUGAUCGGCGGCGACUAGACUGUUAGAAAAAACUGAGAAUCUUUCCUUUGGAGAUUUAAUUACUACUCUAAGUGUCUAUUAACGUCUAGAAGUCUAUUAACUUCCACUAAUGAUUUCGUUCAACAAUAGAAAUUUUCCUUCCAGGGUAUGUAUAACUAGGUAUGUGAAUAUUGUUGUAAAAAUAAUUUACACAUCAACUUAGUCUUAACUAUUUUAGUUUUUAGUCUAGCUGAUAUAUUAAACAGCCGCACAGUCUGAUGUGUCAUGUAGAAAUAUUUA